ACAUGACGUUAGUUCACUUCGAUAGCUCUACGAGUCUGCACGUGAAUUUCCCUGGGCUCUCGGCUGUCUUGACUUCUCAGUCUCAAUCUCAGACACACAAUCUCAAUCGAAAUCGAAUCGCAUCGAGUCGGCUUCGAAUCGGUCAGCCCACAAACAAAUCCACUACACACACACACACACAAACACAAUCGCAUCUGAAUUUCAAUUCGAGCGAAUCUCAAUCUGUAUCCGAAUCAGAGUUUCGCGUUUUGACCACUGAUUAUUAAUGUUAUGAUCCAAAGCGAAAUUUCACCCGAAGCGAAAUUCUCGUCACAAAAGUGCCAAGUGUUUAAGAGUGCUAAACCAAAAUUCUAACAACAAAUAAAUAGAAUACCCAAAUCAAACAACAAAUUAGCCAACCGCUAGUCAAGCUAAACAACACAAAAAAAAAAAAAAAAACAACAAAAAAACCCGUGAAAACCCAAGCGUUUGCCGUCGGAUUUUUGAAACAAAAAAGAACCAAACUUGUUGAGCGCGCUCGAGGGCCACGCCCCCGAAAAAGGCCGUAAACAGAACAGAGAAAAGAUUUAGAAGAUUUUUGCGCCUGCCACGUUGCCCGUAAAAGACGUCAAGACGGUUGCCUCACGGUUCGAGUGGAAUGAGCAUAGGGACCCUGGUCUUCCUUUCGAUCGAUCGGUGUACAAAGUCGUUAAACUGAGCCCCAACUUGGAGCCCUACCCCGCCAGCGUGGAGGGCCUGAACAGCCCCAGAGCGGUGGGGAUGGCCGCGACCUCGUACAUGACCCCGCCGAGCGGCGACCUGGACCUGGCCCUGGGCGGCGGUGGCUACCACACGUCGUCGCCGCGCUCGGCGGCAGACGCGGGUGAGAUGAAGUACAUGCAACACCAUCACCAUCACCAUGUGGCCGCCGCGGCGGCCGUCCAUCACCAGUUGCCCUCGUCGCCGUCGCCCAAUGGCCAGGGCAACGGGACGGGUUUGGGUCUGGGUCCCGGCUCGGGACUGGGCUCCUGGAGCGCCCUGCAUCCGGAUCCCUGGUCGCUGCCCACGCACCACACACAUCACCAUCCCGCCGCCGCCGCUGCCGUUGCCUCGGCGGCCGACACCGUUAAGCAGGAGAUGUCGCAUCUCUCGCAGCAGACGCGCAUCCAACAGGGCAUGGCCUCGCCCCACGCCGCCUGGCACGCCCCCCAUGCGGGUCACUAUGCGCCCACGGGCGGCUCGCCGCUGCAGUACCACCAUGCGAUGAACGGCAUGCUGCACCACCCGGCCCAUGCGGCUGCGGCAGCGCACCACCAGAGUGUGGCGCCACUGCAUCAUGCGUUGCGCGGGGAGUCGCCGCAGCUGCACAUACACCAUCACAUGGGCGGCGGCGACCGGGACGCCAUAAGCGGCGGAGAGGAGGACACCCCCACCUCGGAUGAUCUGGAGGCCUUUGCCAAGCAGUUCAAGCAGCGCCGGAUCAAGCUGGGCUUCACCCAGGCGGACGUGGGUCUGGCCCUGGGCACCCUCUACGGCAAUGUCUUCUCGCAGACGACCAUCUGCCGCUUCGAGGCACUGCAGCUGAGCUUCAAGAACAUGUGCAAGCUGAAGCCGCUGCUGCAGAAGUGGCUGGAGGAGGCGGACUCUACCACGGGCUCACCCACGUCCAUUGACAAGAUCGCCGCCCAGGGGCGUAAGCGCAAGAAACGCACCAGCAUCGAGGUGAGCGUGAAGGGGGCCCUGGAGCAGCACUUCCACAAGCAGCCCAAGCCCUCCGCCCAGGAGAUCACCUCGCUGGCCGACUCACUGCAGCUGGAGAAGGAGGUGGUGCGCGUUUGGUUCUGCAAUCGGCGGCAAAAGGAGAAGCGCAUGACGCCGCCGAAUACGCUGGGCGGCGACAUGAUGGACGGCAUGCCGCCGGGUCACAUGCACCACGGUGGCUAUCAUCCGCACCACGACAUGCACGGCAGUCCGAUGGGCACACACUCGCAUUCGCACAGUCCGCCGAUGCUGAGCCCACAGAAUAUGCAAUCUUCGGCCGUGUCGGCGCAUCAGUUGGCGGCUCACUAGCAAUCAGAAAUCCAGGAGUCGAACUCAGCUGCAGCUGCGUCCACUCCUGCAUCCCUCAAUAGUCUAAGCCAGCAACAACAGCAGCAGCAGCAGCAGCAGCAGCAACAGCAACAGCAGCAGCAGCAGCAACACCAGCAACAGCAGCAACAGCAGCAGCAUCAGCAGCAGCAACACACUCCGAAUACACCUUCGUCGAGUGCGGGAUCGUCGGCAACGAUGACCAGCCAAGUGAUGUCGCCGCAAAGUCCGCUGGGCAGCUCCUCCGCUGGCAAUCAGGCUAACAACAAUAAUAACAACAACAACAAUAGUAGCACCAACAAUAAUAAUAAUAACAACAACAACAACGAGGAGCAAGUUAAACACCACCAGCAGCAGCAACAACAACAGCAGCAGCAGCAACAACAGCAGGCAUCCAGCAUAGCAGCCGCUGCAGCAGCCGCCAUGUACAUGGAUCCCAUGCGCUACCAGCAUCCGCAUCACCCGCAUCCGCAUCCGCACCAGCAUCCGCACCUGAAUCCCGCCCACCAUCCGCACCUGUUUCACACGAGCGAUCAGUUGCAGCACUCGCAGCAGCAACCCGUCGGCGGCACCAGCAGCAAUUCGCAGCUGUCGCCGGGUGCCGGCAGCAACAGUGGGCUCCCGCUACAGCCACCCAGCUCCGCCUCGCCCGCCGGAUCCGCCUCCUCGGUGCUCGGCGGCCAUCUCAAUCUGAAUCCGCUGCAUCAGCACCACCACUACCAGCACCACCAUCACCAGCAGCACCAUCACCACCAGCAGCAGCAGCAGCAGUUGCACGCCCGCCGCCUCUUCGAGCUGAGUCUGCAAUUCGGAGCGGCGGCGGCGCCCGGAGCGGUACGACACUUCAACAGCUUCGGCGGGGCGGGCGGAGCGGGCGGGGAAUAGCAUUCGUCGGCCGCCUGGUUCGGCUAUGAGUCCUCCUAGGACUCGGUGUCGAACGGGUGGCCGCAGUUCAAGCGGGAGCAGCCCUAGAACCGUACAGUCGAGCUUCUCUAACGUGAAUUGUAUGACCCCAGCAGUAGUUACCUAAAUUUGUUCGAACUCUGAGAAUUUUAGAAUGUUUCGUAAGUGAAAUUAUCAUUGCUAUAUCUCUUGCACAAAAAUCUUUUGAGCUUUGAUACCUUUCCAACUUAAAAUACAAUUUAUUUGAAAUAACAGCUCAACCUAAAUUUUAAAAAAUUUUAAGGGUUUAAACAUAUUCUUAUAAUGUUUUAAGUGAACUGUUUUAAAAAGUGCAGACAUUUAUUGUCAAUGCUUAAAAGCCUAAACCAAUUUCAAUUUAAAGACAGUUGUUAAAACUAUAAAUAUUUCCGAAACAAAUUUCAAAAAAUUGUUAUUGUAAUUGUAAAUUGUUUAUAUUUUGAGAUUCGCGUUAGACAAGUUCGACUGUACGUAGAUCUAUAGAAAUAGAAAUAAGAUGAGGUCCGAUGAUGGGGUUGAGAAAUCGUCUUUUUUACCAGUGCAUUAAUCUGUGUUAAACUUCAGCUUAAAGAGGAGCAGGGAGUGGAGGAGAUGGGGAGGCUGCCAUCCACCAGUUUAGUUUGUUUUAAAGUUUGAAAAACUUGCUUAAAUUAAAUCAAAUUAACUAAAUUAAAUGUAAACGAAAAUUUCCCUUAUAUAAAGCGAAAGAAACACGCAAUUCAAAUCAAACGUGAAACCAAGUGAUGUUGUUUUAACCUAAAAACUAUAUGCUAAAAAUUAAACUAAAAGAAAAUAAAAACUAGUUAAAAGUGCGACCCAAGUGUUAAAGAAACCAAAAAAGACAAGCAAAGAAAACAAAUUCCUCAGCUGCUCUCCACAAGCAAGGUAAAUGUUUCCAUGCCCAACAGUCCACAAAAUAUUUUUUCGUUCAACACUUUGUCGCCGUCUAGAUCAAGUUAAAAAGGCUCAAAAAAUGGCAGCAGUAAGACAACUCGGUCGGUUCUAGCUAGGGUUUAGGUUCAUAAGCAAGCCGUGUUUAUAUAUAUUAUAUAUAUAUAGCCAGUAGAUUGUACUCUAAAAAAUUUAUAAACAAACAAAACGUAAAUCAAGAAAGAAAUAACGAAAAACGUAGAAUUUAACGCGCGGCGCAGUAAACGAGAAUACGAGAUGAAAAAAUGAUUAAGUAAAAUAUGGAAAAACCCAAAACAUCUGUAAAUAAAAACUUACAGUUAAGUCAUAUUUUUUAGCUUUAAAUGCAAUU